CGUACUGUCCACUGUCUCACUUCCUCGUAAUCUCUGACGCACAGCGGCACAGCCCACAUUGUACGAGUUGCGGUCUUGCGAUGUUGAUAAUACGUCGCUAACAGUAACAUGCUGAGUUAUUUCGUUUUUCAUUACCUAAAAAAUGCAUCAUCGAUGGCCCCUUUAAUACUAUUUCGUUGCUUUAAGUUUUAUUGAGUGCUAUCCGAACCAUGGAGACAUUUAAAAAAAGAUCAGGUACAACCAACAAAGGCAUUGAUUAUGAAAAUUUAAACAUCGCCAACAUCGGAAUCAAUUGGUCCCUUGAUAACCAAAUCGAAGAUUUUUAUUUAUCCUCUAAUGAUGACAAUUUUGGUGAUUUUGAUGAUAUUGUUAUAAAAAUUACAUCAACAAAGAGUAGCAAUGUCUCUGCUUUACAACUUAAACAUAACGAUCGAGGUACAUUAUCUAUUAAACAACUUAGUCAAGGAAAAGGAGAUUUUAGCUUAAAAAAAUAUUGCACUUCUGUUCAAAGUAUAAACAGCCACGUAGACAGUUUUAUUUUAUAUACUAAUCUUAAGUUUAGCGUUGAGGGAGAUACACGAUUUCGGAUUGACGGUGAAGAUUUUCAAAUUGGGUUGUCUCCAUUUCAACCAAAAGAUAAAAUUCUUCAGAUAUCUGAUGAAUUAAAUCAUUGUUAUAAGUUUCAUGUUGUUGAAAAUGACUGUACAUACGAUUACUCCCCAGAAAUUGUAAUGUACAAACAUUUUUUUGAGAAAUUUUAUUUGUUUGUUAAUCAAGAUAAUCUUAAAACUCUUGAAACAAAAAUAGUGGAGAAGUUUAAAAAAUUAUUUCUCGCAAAUCAAACCGAAUGUGAUGCAUUUUUGAAAAUGAUAUCCAGGUGGAGUCAACAGCAAGGCGAGAAACAUAAACUGUGUAAAAAUUGGAUGCGACGUGCCAUUGCCCUUACGCUUUUGUCUUCCCGAAUUAAACCGUUGUCUUUUGGUAGUAGUGUAAGUAAGAAUAUGAAAAUUUUACGAAAGGCAAUUUCUGCUUUCACGGUUACGGUGUUUGAAAAUAAUAGUUAUCAUAAAAUUAAAGACUUAUGGGGGGAUGCUGUGACUCGGGUUAAAGAUACCAAAGAAUUAAAUAAAACGCGAGAAAUGUAUCACUUAAGCCCGUUUUAUAUUAAAAGUAUUGACGAUGUAGAUUUAAAGUUAUUAAGCACAUUGCUGUGGUUGAACGAUACAUGUCCAAUAAUUGUAACGGAGGAUGCAAUCAUUCAUAAAGUAAUUGCGUUGUGUCCAGACGCUAAGUUUAUUGUUCUUGGAGACGAUGUUAAUGAAAAAUUUACUAAUUACGAGUGUUCAGUUUUUCGAAAUUUAUCAGACUUAAAAACAUCAUGCAGAGACAGUGUUCUCGAAACGUUCAAUUUAUCUAUUCAAGGAAAAGAAGAAGUCAGCUUAAAAAAGGCAUUUAGUACCGAUUUUAUUGAUGCUAUAAGAACAAGCUAUUUGGUGGAAAUGUUGAACGAACCAUAUGCUGUAGGAGGGCUGCAAGAAAAUCUUCCAAAGCCAUACGUCGAGAGGUAUUUAUGGAGAAAUGUUAUAACUUUCAAGUAUUUUGAAAAGAAUGAUGAAAACACUUUAAUUGUCGUAGAUUGCGUGCAAGAAAUAGAUUCAUUGAAGCGAAAAUUAAAGAACUGCAGUAUUCAUAAUCUCGAAGACUAUCUAAAUCAAAGCAACACAAGCACUCGACGGAGUGAAACAGCAGUAAGUGGUACUUCCAGAAUCAGCGUUUUCAUUACUACAAACACGUGCCAAAAAAUGCAAUUUGAAGCGAUUUGCGACAAAAAUAAAGACUUGAAAAACUACCAUCACUUGAGAUUUAUAGAUGGCAACAAUUUUGAAUGGAUUCAGAGUAAGGGUAAUGUAAGCAGUUUGGAAGAAUAUAAAAUAACUGCUUUCCUUUUAACAGAACAAGAGAUGUUAAUGACAAAACUUGGGAAUAAUAUAAAUUUGAUAGUUAGUAAUCCCGGAAUGGGAAAGUCUGAAUUAAUGAAAAGUUUAAAAAACACUUCUCCUCCAGAAAUUUGGACCAUCAUGAUGAACCCCACAGAUAUGUGUCUUUUUUCCAAAUAUCUUACUAGUAAUAAUCAAUCUGCCAACUUAGAGACUUUGCAAAAUUUUCUUUUAAAUGAGAAAUACAGAUGCAUGAAUGAAGGAGCGAAACAUUUUUUGCAAGUAUUUAUUAAACAGAACCAAGUGUAUUACGUUUGGGACGCCCUGGACGAAAUUCCCGCUGAAUCUGUUGAAACGAUUACAAGUUUGAUUGUUGAGCUUUCCAAAUCAAACCACGUCCAGUGGAUAACAAGUCGAUUUCAACUGAAACAUUUAUUAGAGAAUAAAUUUAAUGUGCUUUCUUUAAAUUUAUGUCAAUUCAGUGAACAAGAGCAAAUUACUUAUAUUAAAAAGCGUCUUGAAAACGUUGACACAACCGAAGAGAUUGACCAAAUUAUAAAUACAGUUCGGUCCUCAUUUGCACUAGUUGAACAUACAGAAAUCUUGGGUAUACCUUUACAGAUCUUUAUGCUCACAAAUUUGCUUCGAAAAGAUAUAAACAAAUAUUUCAAACUUCUUUGUAAUAUAUUUGUUUUGACUGAUUUAUACCACUAUUUUGUGGAAGAAAAGAUGAAGGUCUACUUUGAGAAAACCGUGGGUGGUGAUUUUAAAAAUUCCUUAUAUGAAUCAGCAGUGAAAAUACUCGAAGCAGCAAUUAUCAAAUACCAUCAAAACUUAGCUCUAAGAACAUUAUUUUCUGCAGAAUUCUUAAAGAGACUGAAUAUCGAACAUGAAAAUAAUUUCGAAGACUCUAAAGAAGAAUAUAUUUCGGUUGGUUUAUUAACAAAAAUAAUAUCUAAGCCGGCACAUUUUAUUCAUAACUCUUUUGCGGAAUAUUUCGUAGCGCUUUAUUUCUCCCAAAAUCAGCGACUUUCAUCUAUUUUUGUAGAUGUGAUUUUUGAACCAAGAUAUGUAAAUGUACGUUUUUUUUUCGAUUUGCUGUUGGCUAGAGAAUCACCAGCUCAUGUGGCAGUAUUGUACAAGAACAUAAAUUUAUUGGAGAAGUAUGAACAUCAAAUUCGCACAAUUACAGAUGCUGGUGAUCGGAGUGUCUUACAUGUAGCUUCUUCUUGGGGACAGAGACAUCCUCGAUUGGAUGUUGCAACAACUGCUGAUGCUUACAUCGUAGAUGAUUUUGAUUGUCCUAAUAUUGUGGCCGAAAGGACGGAAGAUUUAAAUAUCUUAAAUUAUUUAUUAAAUGCCUGUGAGUUAUCUCAAUGUGAUACACUAUUCAAAUUGACACCGUUGUUGUAUGCGGAAAAAAGUAAGUGCCUUCUUAUAGAAUUAAAGAUUUUAAAACAAUUAAACCAAAGUUUAUUGGAUCUUUCUGUCGAGCAUAUAAUUAACAUAUUGUAUUAUACAGCUAUAUGUGGAUAUGAUGAUGUGAUAGAUCAUCUAAAUUUAGAAUUAUCAAGUGGUAGUGAUAGAGAAAAUGCAAAUCUAUUAAAACUAAAUAAAAAGGUUUUAGAUACCAGAAAUUUCGUGGACGAGACUCUCCUUCACCUAGCAGCUGCUAGACAAUUUGAGAAAGUUGUUAGAUUUUUAGUGAACCAGGGUGCCAAUAUAAAUUUUCCUGACACUGACGGAGCUACUCCUUUUUACUUUGCUUGUGAACAAGGUUACUACAAAAUUGUAGAUUUUUUAGCUGCAGCGGGUGCCGAAAUUAAUCGCGCUAGAACAGAUGGUGUUACCCCUCUUUUUGUUGCUUCCGAAUUUGGACAUGUGGAUGUUGUAAAACGUCUACUUGCGCUAGGCGCAAAUCCAAAUCAGCCUAGACACAAUGGCGCCUUACCUCUUCACGUAGCAUGCGAAUUCGGACGCAAAGAAGUUACAGAACUUUUAGUUGCAGCGGGUUCCGAACUUCAUCACGAGAAACGAGAUGGUGUUUGUCCUCUUUUUGUAGCUUCACAGUUUGGACAUAGCAAUGUUGUAGAAUAUCUGCUUGGGCUAGGCGCAAAUCCAAAUCAGCCUAGAGAUAAUGGUGCAAUACCUCUUCACGUAGCAUGUGAAUUCGGACACGACGAAAUUACAGGACUUCUAAUUGAGUCAGGUGCUGAAAUUGAGCACGAGAAAGUGGACGGUACUACGCCUCUUUUUACUGCUUCGCAGUUUGGAAAUACAAAAAUUGUGGAACGUUUACUUGCGUUAAACGCAGAUCCAAACCACCCUAGGGACACUGGCGCAACACCUCUUCACGUAGCGUGCGAAUUCGGACACGUAGAGAUUAUCGAACUUUUAGUUGCAUCGGGUGCAGAAAUUAAUCGGGGCAGGACGGACGGUGUUGCACCUCUUUUUGUAGCUUCUCAAUAUGCACCAGUCAAGGUUCUAGAUUGUUUACUUGCCCUUGGCGCAGACCCAAAUCAGCCUAAAAAUGCUAGCGCAACACCACUUCACGUAGCUUGUGAAUUCGGACGAUUGGAGAAUAUGGAACGUUUAGUAACAUCAGGUGCUGAAAUUAAUCGUGGCAGAACGGACGGUAUUACCCCCCUUUUUAUAGCUUCUGAGUUUGGACAAAGCAAAAUCACAGAACGUCUGCUUGCAUUAGGCGCAAACGUAAACCAGGCUAGAGAUACCGGUGCAACACCUCUUCACGUAGCUUGUGAAUUCGGACACGAAGCGAUUGUGGAAGAUUUAGUAACAUCAGGUGCCGAAAUUAAUGGUGGUACAACUGAUGGUGUUACGCCUCUAUUUGUAGCUUCGCAAUUUGGACAAAUCAAAAUUGUAGAACUUCUCCUUGCGCUAGGCGCAGAUCCAAAUCAACCGACAAAUUUAGGCGCAAUACCUCUUCACGUAGCUUGCCAAUGCGGACACAAAGAGAUUAUAGAACUUUUAGUUGCAUCGGGUGCCGAAAUUAAUCGCCAAAAAGUGAACGGUGUUACGCCCUUGUUUAUGGCUUCUCAGUUUGAAAGUGUUAAGAUUGUGGAACGUCUACUUGCUCUAGGCGCAAACCCAAACCUGCCUAGAGAUACUGGUGCCACACCUCUUCAUGCAGUUUGUGAAUUCGGACACGAAGAAAUGAUAGAGCCUUUAAUUGCAUCGGGUGCCGAAAUUAAUCAUGGUAGUACGAAGGGUGUUACGCCUCUUUUUGUAGCUUGUAAGUUUGGGCAUAUCAAGGUUGUAGAACGUCUGCUUAGCCUAGGCGCAAACAUAAACCAGCCUAGAAAUACAGGUGCCACCCCUCUUUAUAUAGCGUGUAAAGUAGGACACGAAAAUAUUGUUGAACUUUUAGUUGCAUCAGGUGUCGAAAUUAAUAUAGUGACAAAUUCUGGCCGUUCACCACUCUCUAUUGCUGUAAAGAAAGGGCAUGACAGAAUUGUUGAAAUUUUGAGGGGAUUGAGUAAUUCAUAAUAAUAAUGACCAUAAUAACGAGUUUUAACAACGACUUGAAACUGAAUAGUGUCAAUAGAGAUGAAUAAUUAUUAAUUUCUCUGAUCCCUACCAACACUAAACACAUACAUAUCAUUUGAAAUUCUUCAAAAUAAUUUGCAAGUUGUAAAUAGUAGAAACAUUGUUCAAAAUUAGAGUAAGUAUAUUUGAAACAUCAUCACUAGAUGCGAAUUUUGGUCACUAUUUUUCGGCUAUGAACUUUUUGAGGCGAUUUUUCUGCUACUAAAAUUACUACGCAAGUAUAUUAGACUUUUUGAUGUUUUUGAAAUGUUCAAAUGAAGACAACAAUUAUUUCAUCUCCUGUCUGCAUCAAGAUGUCUGCUGAUGGGAAGGCGAUUCAAUCGCAAUUCUUUAAAUUUUACUGUCGUUUACAAGUUUACAAGUUGAAAAAAAUCUUACUUACGUAUUGACUUUUGAAAUUUGCUGUAUAAAGAACUUUGUGUUAAAAAAUGUACCAUCCAAAGAAAACAGUAUUAAAAUGUUUCAUAAUAAAAUUAUGCAGUGAUGGUAAAACUGGGAUAUCUCAAUUUAGAAUGCUACUUUACCAUCGAUGGAAUACUAAGUACUACAAGUAGACAGUAUGUACUUUGUACAGAAGGAUUUGUAGAGCAAGCGAAAAGCAACUGCUUUACCCUUCAGUUUUUCAACAUGUUAACUUACUGAGAAUUUGGGAAACAAGGUUAAUGUUUUGUUUCUUGAUACUGGAAGUGAAUGAUUAAAUCAUCUUUAACUGGACCUGCUUGAAUCUUUAAGGGAAAAUGUUAUCACAUUAGCAUUCUUUGAUAUAUCGAUCCUGAUCCUGUAUGUUUUGUUUGCUUUAAAUACAUUUUAACUGGAUUCUUUUUGCUUGGUGCAUUUUAUAAACUUAGGAAUUGAAAUUUAUUGUUUAUUACUAUAAUUUAAGAUAAAUUAAGUUAAAUGAUAUGUGAUACUAGGUACUACUAGUACAGAAAGGAUAUGUUGUACAAAGAACUUUUUCUACGACAAAGUUAGUUAUAGUUCAAGUAACCCAUUACGUUUUUUUUUCGAACGUUGAUGUAAAAAGGCAAAACUUUCAAGAGCAUUAACUGUUUUGUAGUCACCUAGUUGCUAUUUUACAUUUUGAAAUUAGAAAAUCAUUUGUUGUUAUUCUUUUUUCUGAAAUGAAAAAAAACUAGAACCACUUACAAAAAAUAAACUUUUAUAA